ACACGAGCCAUUCUUUUUCAUUUUUUUAGAGGCCAAGAAGACAAGAGGAUAACUCGCCGGCAACUUCCCCUGAGGCUUACCUUCUUCUCCGUCGUGUCCACAGCCGCCGUCGCCAUGGCCGAGACCGGAGCCAAACGGCGGAAUGAGUUCUCCACCCUGCUUAUUCUCUCACUUUUAGCCAUCCUCCCUCUUUCCUCCGCCGGUGCAAACAAGUUCAACCUCCGCAAUCGCAAGAUCUCCACCGUCGUCGGAAGUUCUUCCUCCGUUAAAUCCAACUCCACCUACGCCGUCAUCUUCGACGCCGGAAGCUCCGGCAGCCGCGUCCACGUCUUCAACUUCGACCACAAUCUCAAUCUCCUCUUCAUCGGUUCCGACAUUGAAGUUUUCUCACAGAUAAAACCGGGGCUGAGUUCAUACGCCGACGAUCCUCAGAAAGCCGCGGAUUCUCUAAUCCCCUUACUGGAGAUAGCAGAGAACGCAGUUCCUCAAGAACUGCAAUCAGUAACACCUGUUCGCCUCGGGGCCACGGCAGGGCUGAGGCUUCUGGAAGGCGAUAAAUCUGAGAGGAUUUUGGAAGCGGUUAGGGUUCUUCUGAAAUCGAAGAGCGGAUUUCAGUACGACGCCGAUUCGGUUUCGAUUCUUGACGGAAAUCAGGAAGGUUCAUAUCAAUGGUUGACAAUAAACUAUUUGCUGGAGAAAUUGGGCAAGAAAUAUUCAAACACAGUGGGAGUAAUUGAUCUCGGCGGCGGCUCUGUUCAAAUGGCAUAUGCAAUUUCCGACCAAGAUGCCGCGAAUGCGCCCAUUCCUUCCGAUGUAAACACCAAAUUUGUUCAAAAUUUGUACAUCAAGGAUGCUAAAUAUAACCUCUACGUCCACAGUUAUUUGCAUUAUGGUUUACUAGCCUCCCGAGUAGAGAUUUUGGAGGUGACCAAAGAGCUUGGCAACCCUUGCAUUUUAGCUGGUUAUGAAGGAACAUACACGUACGAUGGAAAGGAAUACAAAGCAUCAGCUUCCCAAUCAGGGUCGAGCUUCGGUCGUUGCCGGAAGGUAAUUUUAGAGGCGCUCAAAAUCAACGAAUCUUGCGGCUACAAUGAGUGCUCGUUUGAUGGUAUUUGGAGCGGCGGCGGAGGAGCCGGCCAAAGGAAUCUCUAUGUUUCUUCCUUAUUCUUUGACAAGGCGGCUCAGGUGGGUUUCAUCGAUGGCAACCAACCAGAAGCGGCAGUGAAGGUCAUAGAAUUCAAGAAAGCAGCCAUGCUUGCUUGUCAAACUAAAUAUGUCGAUGCAAAAUCUAAAUACCCUAAUGUUUACUCAAGUGAUGUGCAAUACGUGUGCAUGGAUCUCGUUUACGAGUACACACUUCUCGUCGAUGGAUUCGGCAUUGAUUCUCAAAAGAAAAUAACGUUGGUGAAGCAAGUGGCAUAUCAUGGUUCCGUCGCGGAGGCUGCAUGGCCAUUAGGCAAUGCCGUAGCCGUCGUCUCAUCGUCCAAGUACUCGGCCGCAAAUUAGUAGCCAAGCUAAAAUGGGAACUUGUUUCUGUUUUAUUUCUAAGUAGCAAUAAUGGGACUUGAUGAAGCUACAAACUUUGUCGAGGACUAUGGUUUAAAAAAUGAGAAAUAAUCUUGGACUCUCCUUUCAUUUACUUUGAUAUGUUAUCCCUCCCAAAAAUCAUUGCUAUGAUUGAUUU